AUGAAAAUGGAUUUAAUGUCUGGUUACAAGGGUGUUGUUGGGCUUGUUUUUGGUAACGAGAAUUCUUCAAAUGAAGAUAGGUAUGUUGAGCGUUUGCUUGAUCGAAUAAGCAACGGUAAAUUACCAGAUGAUAGAAGGAAUGCUAUUACUGAGCUUCAGGCUGUUGUCUCAGAGAAUAAAGCUUUCCAGUUAGCAUUUGGGGCAAUGGGCCUUCCUAUAAUGUUAGGUGUGUUAAAGGAAGAACGUCAUGAUGUUGAAAUGGUUCGUGGUGCCCUGGAAACUCUUGUGAGUGCAUUGACUCCUAUUAAUCAUUCUAAAGGAUCAAGUAACGAAGUUCAGCCAGAUUUGAUGAAUACUGAUUUACUUUCCAGAGAAGAAGAAAGUAUCCCUCUUCUUCUAAGUUUGUUGGAAGAGGAUGAUUUUUAUGUACGAUAUUAUACUCUGCAAAUAUUGACUGCCCUUCUCACUAAUUCUCGACAGAGGUUACAGGAAACUAUAUUGACUAUCCCCCGUGGCAUAACCCGGCUAAUGGACAUGCUUAUGGAUCGCGAGGUGAUAAGGAAUGAGGCAUUAUUGCUUCUUACUCACCUGACCCGUGAGGCUGAGGAGAUCCAAAAGAUUGUUGUCUUUGAAGGUGCUUAUGACAAGAUAUUCAGUAUCAUAAAGGAGGAGGGAAAUUCUGAUGGCGGUGUAGUCGUGCAGGACUGCCUUGAAUUGUUAAACAAUUUGAUUCGUAGCAAUGCAUCCAAUCAGGUACUACUCAGAGAGACUAUAGGACUUGAUCCAUUGAUAUUGAUUUUGAAGCUGAGGGGAAGUUCUUACUCUUUUACUCAACAAAAGACAAUCAAUCUACUCAGUGCAUUAGAAACCAUUAAAUUGUUACUAAAAGGAGGUUCUGAUGCCGAUCCUGGGAAAGAUGCUAAUAAACAGAAAAAUAAGACAGCUCUGGUUCAGAAAAAAAUACUGGACAAUUUGUUGAUAUUAGGUGUUGAAAGCCAAUGGGUACCCGUUGCAGUUCGCUGUGCGGCAUUGAAAUGUAUUGGGGACUUGAUUGUUGGAGAUUCGAAGAAUCUCGAUCUUCUUGCUGGCAAAGUUCUUGGAGAGGAGCCACAAGUUGAACCUGCUCUGAAUUCUAUACUUCGAAUAAUUUUGAGGUCUUCUAGCAUGCAAGAGUUCAUUGCAGCUGAUUAUGUUUUCAAAAGCUUUUGUGAGAAAAAUGCUGAUGGCCAAGCGAUGCUAGCGUCUACACUAAUUCCACAACCAUAUUCCGUGAAUCAUUCAUUCCAUGAAGAGGAUGUUAAUAUGUCUUUUGGAAGCAUGCUAUUACACGGCCUUACUUUGGGUGAAAAUGAUGGUGAUCUUGAGACUUGUAGUAGAGCUGCCAGUGUUCUAUCACAUAUAUUGAAGGACAAUCUCCAAUGCAAGGAAAGGGUUUUGCGAAUUGAAAUUGAGGCACCCAUGCAAUCUUUAGGAGCUCCCGAACCACUAAUGCAUCGAAUGGUGAAAUAUUUGGCCCUUGCCUCUUCAAUGAAAUCCAAAGAUGGAAAGUCUAAUAAUACAUCAGGAAAUUCAUAUGUUCAAGCUGUUAUUCUGAAAUUACUGCUUACCUGGCUAGCAGAUUGCCACAAUGCAGUGCACUGCUUCCUAGAUGCCCGGCCCCACCUUACCUAUCUUCUUGAGCUAGUAUCAAAUUCGUCAGAAACAGUGUGUAUAAGGGGAUUUGCAGCAGUUGUGUUGGGUGAAUGUGUGAUCUAUAACAAAUCCACUGAUAGCGGAAAAGAUGCAUUUGGCAUUGUUGAUUUAAUAAGUCAGAAAAUAGGGCUCAGUUCGUACUUCUUAAAAUUUGAGGAGAUGCAUAAGAGUUUUCUUUUUGCUAACGUGGAGUCAUCACUCACUCAUAGAUCAUUCUCUAGAUCUUCAGCAGCUAGUAUGGCAGAUAUUCAAGAUGUGGAUGAGAAUGAUUUGUCAGAAAAGAAAAAUACGGAUCAUCCGAUUCUUGCUUCAAUCUUGGAUUCUUACUUUGUGAGUUUUGUCAAAAGGCUGGAGGCAAAUAUUAGAGAACAGAUUGUGGAGGUUUAUAGUCGUCCAAAAAUUAAGGUAGCGGUAGUACCGUCAGAAAUAGAGCAGAAGAGUGGUGAAAGUGAUGGUGAAUAUAUUAAGCGGCUGAAAGCUUUUGUUGAGAAUCAGCACUCUGAGAUACAGGAUCUUGUUCUUCGAAAUGGUACAUUGGCUGAGGACCUGGCUAAGACUGGCAGUAGUUUCCAGUCUGAGCAAAGAGUAAGUGGAGGUGUCGAAAGAGUCCAAACAGAGACACUCCGUAGAGAUUUCCAAGAAGCAUCUAAAAGGUUGGAGAUGCUUAAGGCAGAAAAAGCAAAAAUCGAAUCUGAGGCAAAUAUGUAUCAGAAUUUAGCUGGAAAGAUGGAAGCUGAUCUAAGGAGUCUAUCUGAUGCAUACAAUAGCCUUGAGCAAUCCAACCUUCAACUGGAGAAUGAGGUGAAAGCACUGAGGGGUGGAAGGCUCUCAACAAUCCCAGAUGUAGAGGCAAUAAAAGCUGAUGCAAGGGAAGAAGCUCUGAAGGAGAGUGAGGGUGAACUGAAUGAUCUGCUGGUAUGCCUAGGGCAAGAACAAAGCAAGGUGGAUAAACUUAGUGCUAGGUUGCUGGAGUUGGGAGAGGAUGUUGAUCAACUACUUGAAGGCAUUGGAGAUGAUGCUGGGGCUGCUGAAGGUUUCGAAGAUGACGACGACGACGAGUAA